UUAUCUUUUUCUCACAUUAGGUACACUACAAUACUACUACAAGUAUCUUACCUGGCUUACCGCUUGACUGACCCUUACUUCCCUGACGAUUACGUAUACAGCCCGAGGAUAUGGCAACUUACUCUCUUUUGCCAACCGAAGAGCCGGAAGCACCCAUUGCCCAGCCGGAUAAGGACUCAGAUAAGAAAGCAAGUGUCAACAUCAGCGUUAGUUGUCCUUCUAACAACUUCUGCACCAGGAGGCUGAUAUACGCGCUUGUUGUCAUCGCCAUAGUUUGUAUUUUUGUAUUCGUUGCCGUGUAUCAGACAGUGCUGAAAGCCGUUCUGGUAGUUGUAGCCAUUGUCAUCAUUGUCGUGCUUUCUUAUGUGGCGUACUUUUACGUAAGCAAAAGAUCCAAUCUGACGGCACAGAAAGAUGGUAAACCGUCCGCAAAUGGAAAGCAAGAAGAGGUUACUGAAAGUACAACAGAACCAGUGGUAAAGCUUAGAGAUAUACAGAGCGUUGCUUUUAGAGAAGAAAAGGACGACGUGGAAAUAAUCGAUUUGAGUGUGGCUACUGGGUUCCAGUCAGAAGAUGCAGUCGAUAGAACCCCAGUAUUUAUAACGGAAGAAGACUCUGAUGAAGUCCAGGAACCGCUCACAAUACAUGGACAUACUGAUCCCAAGAUGACAUUUAUUACUGAACACGGUGCUAUUUAUACUGUCGUUGAAAACACGAAGAACAUUGCUACUCAUCGUGGUACUAAGAAUGUUACAGUAGUUUUCGGUGGAAAUAACAUGUUCUGUGGGCCAGUACAUGUCCCCUGGAGGCCUGGUGGAUUCCAACUGCCCGAGUGGAAACCGUAUUUCGACGUCAUCGCUAAAGAGAUGCCUGCGGACUGGCAACAACUGGCAACGAACCUCGGACUACCCUGGGCACAGAUCCGGGCCGUUGAUCGACAGCAUUCCGGUGACUGCUGGAUCUGUUGUCAGCAGGUUCUGGACAUGUGGCGCAGUAACAACGGCGCACCAGCAACGGUGGAAGACUUGAUACAAGCCGUGAGGGACACUGGUCACAAGGAUGUUGUAGAAAAGCUCGAAGCUAUGCAAUAGACUACAACUGGUGUUACACAUAUGUUAUCUUUAGGGUUUCUUUACCAGUAAAGCAUAUUAUUAAGUAUCCUCGCUGCUUAUAUAUCAAUUUUCGUGACCAUAGACUCCUUGAUUAUAUUUGCUUGUAAAGGCCCUUUAUCAGCGCUGCGGGUACUUGGAAAGUUUAAUUGGUAACAUUUUUGUAUACACAUGUACUUCCUACAUAGAUUUCGUAAAGUAAUUCCUUUUACCUACGAGAAUGAGAUAUCAGCUCCG